AUGGGGAAAGUCAAAAUCAUUGUGCUGGCAGGAACAGCGGGCACUGGGAAGUCAACCAUCGCAGCCGAACUGAUACAUGAGUUCAAAGAUACGUAUCCGGAUUUGAAGUUCAUUGAGGGUGACGAUUUGCACCCCCCAGCUAAUGUGGAAAAGAUGACGAAGGGAAUCCCGUUGAAUGACGACGACCGCUGGGACUGGUUGAAAAAAGUAGCUGUAGAAUCCACCAAGGCUGCAGCGAGCACCAAAGAAGGUUUAUCGAUUGUUGCGUGUUCCAGCUUGAAAAAAAAGUACAGAGAUUUGAUAAGGAACACUUGUCCCGAGUCAGAGUUCCAUUUUAUCUUUUUGUAUGCAAGUAAAAUUGAGGUUUUAAGACGGCUUAAAACAAGAAAGGGGCAUUUUAUGAAAGCUGAUAUGAUGGAAUCUCAAUUCAGGGACCUAGAAUUGCCUAACCUUAACGAAGAAAGCUAUUGUGACGUUGUUCCCCUGGAUUUCAAAACAUUCUACCAAAUUGAAAAAGAUGUGAUACACGUAGUGAAGAAGAAGGUUUUAAAAACCGAGUAA